UUCCUGGCUGGCCGCCAUUUUGUUUUUCACUGCUCGCGAAGGGUAUAAGGCGGAGAAGGAGACAGGCAGAAAUUAUCUGUCUGAGACGUCAGCAUGUUGUCUCUGGCUAGGACCGCGGUGCGCCUCAGCGCUCGUGGCACUCAGUGGAUUGCAGCAAGACAGAGUCACCACAAACAUGUGCCUGACUUCCAUGAUAAAUAUGGCAACAUUAUACUACUUGGUGGAUCCCUAUUUUGUGUCUCCAUUUGGGGAUAUGUGGUAACACAAACUGGAAUUGAAUGGAAUUUAUCACCUGUUGGCAGAGUUACCCCAAAAGAAUGGAGAGAGAAAUAGCUUUUGUUUAUUUGGGACUGAAGUGUGCAGUAAUCCUGAACUGGUCUGAAUUUUCAUUUAUGCCAUACAUGUAAUCGCAUCUGUUCACUGAUUAUUGCCAUCUGUGAUGUGGCAUUACUGGCGUAAUAAAUAUAUUUAAAAAUUC